GUCGAACCUUCGCUUUAAAGUUUUUCGGCCUUCGGGCCCAUUACAUGUAGUUCAUCAAAAAUGAAUAUACUAAAGUGACUUCCAUUACUUUGCAUUACCGUAUCCGUGUCACAGCUCAUUGAAUCAUCCCUCGAACGGAUUGGAGUGGUGCGUUCCAUUAGAUGAAAAACAGAGUGACUCGAUAGAAUUCCCUUAUAAUCAUGGGAAAUGGUUCACCGCCAAGGUGCCGGACGGGCCAAGUGCAAGCAGAGCGUUAUUGUGGUAAUUGUCUGUCAUCGUUCGCCCAGGUGUUGAGGAUAUAGGGGAAUAGCUUUAUCCGAGCCUCGGAGUCACUUUUUCCCUUCGGGUGGAAUGUGUCCUCGGUAAUGCAUUAUUGUUAUUAUUUUGAGCCCACUUGGCGGGAUUAUUAUCAUUAGCACGGUGCUAAAGGACCUAAACACACGGUUGCGACGGGGUAAUGUAGUUAAAAUCGGAUCACAUUCGAAUGGUAGGUACUGGCACUGCGAGUGGGUGCGAUACGAUGUUUGACAGGCUCAAGCUCCUCGCACUGUUAGAAACCAUUAGGAGAAGGACUCGUAAGCGAUCAUACACGCACAUAUGUGUAUGUGCUUCCACUUGGGUUUUGAAGUGGAGGAGUACCCAUGAUGAAGGAAACAUUAUACUCUCUUUUGAGCCUUACAAAAUGAUCGGAACAUCGCGUCGUACAACAAGGGAGGAAAAGCACCAGACGGAGAGGUGGAACGAAUCCUUCCUUCUGUUGGAAGGAUGCACAACAAGGAAUCGGAUAUCCCGAGCAGGUGGGAACACACGUCACCAGUACAAAAGGUAGCAGAAUGAAUGAAGACGGAAAGAAAGAAACGAAACCAAGAGAAACCUACAAUGGCUAUAGCGCUAUCGCAGUGAGCCUCGUCAUGUUCGAUGUUUCCCUCCACGGUAACCAACGAUCCCGUCGAACAUCUGCCCUUUUUCCAUGCUGGCAGACGACUGAUAAAAGCUUCAGCAUACACAGCACAACAAAGCCCUCGGCUGGCGGGACAGGUAAAAGUUGUUGUCCUACGUACGUGGUACUACGGGUUAGUUCCAUCCACCUAGAGUGCAGCUUAUGAGCGAUGUAAUUUAUUUGCAAUUUAAAAUUACUGAUGAGUUUGAAAACACAAAUUCCUUGUACCUUUGUCAACUGACCCUGAGUCGUAAUGUGUGAAUUAUUACGGAUAAUGUGAUGUCCCGUCUGCAGGAAACACGGUCAAUAGGGGCCAGUCUUACAGAUAUUCCUUAGAUAAUAGAAAUUUUCUAAUUAUCUGUUUUUGUACAAUUUUUACUUUUGAAGACAAGCAACUAUCCUUCAAUUCCUUCUCAACAUAUGCGUAAGCAUGGUAAUUCGUAUCAAAAUACCAUGCCGUAGCAUUAAUUAGGCAGGAAUCGAAUAUCAUCAUCGUAAGCUGGCCGGGUGGAUACGUCCAACUGCGAUUCCGUCUGCGAUCAGUGGUAAUAGUGGCAAACACCCCGAAAACAGCAGGAUAUUCGAAGCGAGGCGAAAACGAAAAAAAAAAACAAUCCGUACAAAACUCGACGCACGUGGUCAACUGAUCGAGAUUGCUCGAACCGUGGUUUGAACGAAAUGCGGGCCCAGAGUGAACGUGGAGUGUUUGUGUGCAAUAAAGCGUAUUAAUAAAGAGUUUUGAUAUCAGCGGUACAACGGCUACAACAGGCAAUCCAGCAAAUACAACGUUAACAACAGCGGCACGGCUACGACCGAAAAGUAACACAUCGUCCGAGCGUACCGAUUCGUACCGCUUCUCGAUGGCGAACCUGGAGGAAACGCAAGAGGCCGAGCUGGAUGCCAUAUUGGGCGAACUGAGCAUACUGGAAGAGCGAGGUGAUCUGCGUCAUGGUCGUAGUCACAGUCGCACCAACUCCACAAUUUCAGCAGCUACAAAUACGACGCUUUCGUCUGAAAGUGGCUGUAGCAGUGUGGCAGCCGAUACAGUCUGCAGUGGAGGUAGCAUCGCAAGCGGUAUGGGAGUCCCCGGAGUCGGUGGAGGUAGUAUCAGUCUACACCGUGAACCACGUACCGACAGCCCAGACAAUGAUUCCGCCUUCAGCGAUACGGUGUCGCUGAUGUCGAGCGAAUCGUCCGCUUCGAGCAGUGUAAGCAGCUCUCAUCUCAAGCACCUCCAGGCGGCAGCUGGGGGAGCAGUGGUACAUAGUGCUACAUCGGGACCAACAGUUAAUCAGCAAAAUCUGUUAGAUGGCGGGAAACAGGCUAAAAUUCACCUCGCACUACAAAAGCUAGAACAAGCCUCGGUUAGGCGACUGUUCGUGAAGGCAUUCUCUGCCGAUGGUGCCUCCAAGUCACUGUUGGUCGACGAAACGAUGAGCUGCGGGCACGUGACGCGACUGUUGGCAGACAAAAACCACGUUCAGAUGGAACCGACUUGGGCCAUCGUAGAGCAUCUGCCCGAGCUGCAAAUGGAGCGUCUGUUCGAAGAUCACGAAAUGCUGGUAGACAACUUGAUGCUGUGGAAUCGGGACUCGAAGAAUCGGGUGCUGUUCCUUCAGCGACCGGAUAAGGUAGCACUGUUUAAGACACCCGAAGCUUUCCUGCCCGGUACACAGAUGGCUCCCGGAAGUGAGCACGACGAGCAUACAAGGACGAUGUUGCUGGAUGAGUUUUUCAGCAGCGGGAGUCAGAUCACGCUGGAAGGACCCCUGUACAUGAAGAACGAUGCCAAAAAGGGCUGGAAGAAGUAUCACUUUGUGCUGCGGGCAUCCGGGUUGCAUUACUACCCGAAGGAAAAAACACGUUCGGCAAAGGAUCUGCUGUGCCUGGCGCUGUUUGCUGGACACGAAGUGUAUCGUGGUCUUGGCUGGAAGAAGAAGCACAAAGCCCCGACAGACUACACGUUCGCACUGCGCUGUCCUAAAGUACCGCCCGGUGUGAAAGGUAUACGGUCGGUGAAGAUGUUGUGUGCCGAAGAUGCGUCCACAUUGGAAAACUGGAUAACUGCCAUACGCGUUAUGAAGUAUGGAAAGAAGCUUCUAGACAAUCACCGAACACUGCUGGAUGAUUUGGCUCGGGAAGAGCUAGAUAAACUUAGCUCUGCCCGCAGCAGCUCCAUUGGGAGCAUUGUAUCGUCCGUUCCUUCACAGUGUAGCACGGGAAGCAGCAACAGCAGCGGAAGUGGUAGCAAUCAUCUCCUAGUUCCUCUCAACACUACCAAUGGCAGUAAUAGCAAUGGCUGCGCGACCAACGGAAAUGGACGCCUGUCCAGGGCGUCAUCGUCAAGCUCGAGCGGAUGUCUGUCGGACGAGAACAACGGGUUUGAUUCCGAGUUUCCAACGGGCACCAUUAAACGCAAACCUUCGAUGAAACCAAAUCUUCCACUCACCUCGAUGACUCGCCAGCUAAAGGAAGUAGGCGAGACAACGCGACUGAAAGAUUCACCCGGUGCCGGAUCUACGUGUUCGGGUUCCAUAGGUGAAGGAGGUACGCUUACGCGACGUCACAGUCGGCGAAGAAGUGAAGAGAGUACCGGCAGCGGUACCCUUAAACGACGCCCGAUUCCAACACAAAAUCGUGGCUCGAUUGAAAGCAUGAGUUCCUCCGCCUCAACGCCAACGCCCAUGGGCAGUGUGUUGAACACGCCGGUCAACUUUGAACCACCGGUGAUCAUCUUGAGCCCAUCGGCUCAUCCAACAAUCGUCACACCAAACGGUGGCCCCGGAACGAUCGUUGAACCGAUACCGUCCUGCAUGACUGAUUCGACGUUUUCGCUUCCGCCACCACCGCCACCACCCGCUACGGACGAUCCGGCGAUAAUGGGAGCGGGGAACUUUUCCGGCUCUACGUUGUCGCUCGAUUCGCUACCGCCUCCGCCACCUCCGAACGAACUCGACAACUCAUUCACUGGAUCUCAACUGUCGCUGGCUUCUGUGCAAUUACCUCCUCCGCCACCACCGUCGGCGUCGGCAGGUUCUUCCAUCACAAAUGUACAGUCUUCCUCCGUACUACCUGCCGUUAGCAUAACAAGCAACACGAAUGGUGGCACCAUUCGUCAGCAGGAACAGCGUUCAAUCAAUGCGAUGCCCUCCGUGGCGCAGUCGAUAAUGAAGCUGAACAGCCACAGUCACACGUUACCGAACCCAGCACCUACGGCCAUCUUGAAGAAGGAACCAAUUUACUCGAAAACGCUAAAGCCCUCGGCACUGAAAGCUCCUCCGUACAAGGCACCACCUCCUUACAACGGUAGUGAUGGUUCCGCUUCCGAUGUACCGGUGGCUCCUGCAGCUCCAGCGAAGAGUGUAUCGUUUGCCGAAUCACCAGUGUUGCUGCGACGCAAGGUGUGUUUUGAGGAUGAAAUGCAAGAAGUGCCACCGUCCCCGAGACGUCUCUGUGCCACGUACAGCGUCGGUCCUCCGGCUCCACCACCAAGAGCCGAAGCAACGCGCCUUUCGACAACGUACACCUCGCCGAAGCGGUUGAGCGAAUCGAGCGCUAACCCUCCUCGUGAUUUCCUUAAAGAUCUCCAGCGUGUGAUGAACAAGAAGUGGCAAGUAGCGCAGAAAUGUAAGCUAGAACCAGCGACAACUCCACACGAAGUGCUCGGCUUCCGUGACAUUCACGGUGGUAACGAUCUGUACUCGUCCGCCACACCUUACUAUCGAGAGACGGCCAACGUGAGCAACUGGGUGCAGGAACACUACGGUGGAGCACCGGACGGUUUGUACGAGAAUCUAGGCAGCAACAUGGGCAUGGAACCAAACUAUCCCAUCGUUCCGAACGUAGCAGUGCCACUCCAUCAGCAACUUCCGAGUGGUGGCCCUCUGCCUGCUGCAAGUGGAGGUAGUGUAAAGAAGCGACCACCUCCACCACCACCAAAGCGCAGCGAGAAGACACAACUGACCACCACGAACACUACUGUUGGCCACACAGGUACCACAAUAUCACAACCUGGCCCUUCUCCUCAUCUUCAUCACCAUCAUCAUCAGCAGCUGCUGAAUCAUCAAUACCUACAGCAGCAGCAGCAACAACAGCAGCAACAUCAACCACCACCAACCCAUCAGCAACGGGUCUGAACCCUACUGUGCCUGUAUUGGCCACAAUGCAGGAAAGAAAGUGCUACUAAAACCGAUACGUACUAGCGUCGUGGUAGGCAAACGCCUAAAUGUAUGUAAUGUAUUGGCCUAAGGGGGUAGAAACGUGCGUUGGAAAAACGCUUACGCAUACAUAUACGCAAACUGUGCGAAACGAAAGUCUGCUUAGAAAAUGAAUGGAAUGUUCUUUCCAGUAACGAACUUUUACGACAUAAGGUUAGGAAUGAUCUAAUGCUGGUAAGCAAAUCGAGUAAUUUAGAAGCGCAAUCGAUCAAUCAUUAUUGUGAUUAGGUAGCAAAGCAAAGAAAUACCGCCAACACUAACGGGGAAGGGAGACGGAACGAAAUGCCGUUGUUUAAGUAUAAUUUAUUUAAACUCUUUACUACUGCUCUCAUGCCACCGGAUGAGCUUCGGAGCUAGUGGUAACUUUAAUCGCAAGCAAGCGUAAAUGAAAAGUUUGCAGCUUGUGUAAAAUAAUUCACUACAUUUGCACAGUACUACUCUGUACGUUAGUGUUUAAGAAUCUCGAAUUGAGAACGUUCGGAUUCCGGACAACGGACAUUCGCCGGAACUAUGUACAGUUUCUUAUGCUUUGUUUUAGGACGGAUCACGGAUCAAGAGGGUUUUGAUUGUUAAAACAUAAUAAAGCGAUAUAAAAUAUCCGGCUCCAACAGAACCAACGCGGGAAUGGAUUGGCCAUGGAUGGCCCUCGUGGGCCCACGUGGUUGUUGUUAGACUGAGAAAUAGCGAGAGAGGCGAGAAUGUUGUGAGAGAAGGAUGCUUGCUCGGCACAGCAUCAACUGAAUGAAAGCACUGAAACUGAAGAAGUACGCAGAGAAGGAUGUUCAACCUUACUAAACCAAAUGUGAAAAUCCGAUCCCAAGAGCCCACGGGAGGGAUAGACGAUAGGGAAGACAGUUUACUGUACAGUUUUUUACGGUUCUGGACAUGGUGUGGAUAGGAAAGGAUUAGUAAACGCCAGCUACCCAGUGUUGCUGCGUGAACGAUUUACUAACAGCAAGUGCCAUGGGCUUAGCGUAGUUUUUAAGAGGACGCAUAUUAAUAUUACCAUUUAGUGUGUCGUAAUAAAUCUUCGGACCCGGAUAUGUAACGUCAACUUCACUACUAUUACUACUCUGUGCUUCUUCAUCAUUUUACGUAGAUCGUGCGUUCGUUCGUGCGUACCCAUAGUAUUAGUGUCGUUACGAACCAUUUGCUUUUUGCUGUAAAACGUUGAUUCUCCUGUUCUUGGUGAGAUAAGUUAACUGUGUCCCACGCACAUGCAAUAAUCGGGGGGACAGUAGAUUGCAUUGAGUAAUGUUUUAUUUGAACAGUUUUGUCAUUGAAUGGUUACUAUUAAGCUUUUACGGGAAGCGUUUUGUAGUAAGGAUGGGUAACCUGUCCAGCUAGGGCCUUUUUGGUAGUGGAAAUAUGUGCGCUUUUGGAAGCAUCAUUUAUGACGAUUUAUAACGAUUUUACACGCAACCGUAUACGUUGCGGUACGAUCAAUAUUAUAAGUAUGAUAAUACACAAUAAAACACAAACAAAACACUUACACACAUACACACAAACACAGCUAAUAAUAAAACUUCAGACUACGAUUAUUCAAUAAAACACCACAAUGGAGGCAUACAAUAAUUUUACAAAAGAAUAUAUAUCGAAUUUUACAGUGAACGUGUGUAAUGUAAAGUUACAUCGAUGGUAGAAAGGAGCAGAAGUAAAAUUUUUGUGAAUGUAUGGUAAAAUACACGAAAGAAUGUGAGAGUGAGUUUUUGGGUGGUAAAGAAUUUCUUGUUUUUUUCUUUCUUUCUUUUUUGAUGAAGUAUUUUACACAGUCCAUGUAUUGGACGAUAAAAAAUGUAGUAGAAAGAACAAUAUUAAACUAUAAAAUACAAUCGAAUAUAAAGAUGAAGAAGAAAAAAAAACUGGACGGCAAUGGUCCGGAUGAAAAGUUGAUAAUAUAUUAGGAAUAAAAAUUGAAGAAUAGAAAAAAAACAUUGGUGCUUUCAAAA